UAGCCUCUUUUUUAUAUUGAUUCUUUUGAGAUUGAAGCUAAUUUUGGCAUAUUAAGCUAUAUAGAAGGUUAUAGUCCUUGUUUUAUGUUUUGAAAUGUCUUCCAAUGUUUUUUCCAAAUUAUAUAAUAGCUUAUCGGAAAUUCUAAAGUGAAACCAAAAUCAAAUUUGAGGGAUAAAAUAAAUCUCACUGUAUAAUAUAAAAUAAUAGAUGGUAUUUAGUACCAGUUCCAACUGUGUUACUUUUCCGUUAAGAAGUUGAGUACGCUUGUUCAGGUUUCAUGCCAUUUUUGCCCAUACACCGUUGGAUCUCUAUCGACCGUUUUCAUCAUGACCUAAAUAUGGCAGGAGUCUAGAGUUUCAUAUUCCCCAAAAGUAGUUCGCUGUAUCAUUGUGAUGGAACAGAAGCCCCUUUGGAAUCCUCUAUUUUGCAACUGAGUAGAUUUAAUCUCAGUCGACUUGCUGAAACAAAGUUCAUGUUCUGUUUACUUGACCAACAUCACAGAUCAAUAUGUAGCAUUUAAGGUCUGAUGUUCUUGGUCAGUUCAUGCCUUUGGUCGGGAAGGAUUGGACUCAUUCUGGAAUUCCUAGACUUUUUUCGGCAAUAAAGGUAUGUGUGGUCUCUUUAGGUGAACCGUCCCUAUUUUGAAGAUUUUAUAUUUUAUGCCCUCUUCCUCAGUGAUGAAGUACCAGAAAUGGGUGCAUUUUGCUGAGUAACGUUUCCAUGUAUGCUACAGGAAAAUACUUACCAGCUUCUUUUUCUGAGUGCACGUGCAAUCAGAAAACAGUUGCGGGAUUGAUUUUGAAACUACUGUCUAAGAGUGGUUUUUGGGGAAAUUUCGGUUUCAUUUAUGACUUUUCGUUUUGUCAUUCACAUGUCUUUUUCGGUCAGGGUUUUAUGUUUUCUGUUUGUGUUUUGGAGGAUAUGAUUUAAAAUGAGAAACUGUGUUUCAGUUUUCACUGAUCAUGUCUUGGUUAGGACCUAUGUUUUGGUUAUCAAUCCUCAUUUUGGUUUUAUGAUUAGUUAUAGCACGCUGUUCGAUGAAUAAAUAUUCACAUACAAAAAGCUCAUGUAUUCGUUGAGAGAAAUAAAACUUUUGUCUGUUAAGAGAAAUAAUAAUACAUAUUGAAGUAGGCAAAAAAAGAGUAACAAAUACUGGUGGUUAAAGGUUUAAUCUUUGUCGUGAUCUAAAAUCUGGUUUAGAGGUCUGGUCAGUUGUGGUUGCCGCGUUGAACUUUAAUCCUUGAGACUGUUUUUGGCAUAGGAUUUACUGUUACAGUUGGGAUUUCAUUUUGACUUUUGCUAAUAGUGUUUAGUUCCGUAAUACUAUGAGACUUCUCUAACGUAACUUAGGCAAACCGUUCCCUAACAAACUAAGGUUAAGGUCAUAGGUCCAACUCAGUCACUGCACAUCCCGUACCAAAUGGCCGAGUUUAAUACGUCAAUCUGCCUAUGGGUCUGUAUUUCAGAUUCAGCCCCAAUGCAUGUACAAAUAAUUGGAUAACUAUAUUCGCAUAAUUACAUUACAGAAUAUCCCAAAUACCCAGUAUUUUUGGACGUCUUAAACUCGGUGCAGUCUCUUAUUCUCUAUGCAGUGUCUUAUUUAAACAAAACUAUCUUUUCCAAAGCAAAGCAACACAUCCUUGACAAGGCAAAUCACAAACACCUACAUCAAGUAACCGUUGAUUAAUGAAAUAUUACAUCAUUCACUCAGAAUAUAAUAAAUACUAUUACGAAAUGCAAUGAAAUAACAUAUUCAUUCAACAUAAAAGACUAUUGAACCAGAAAUAUUAGUUACUUGACACCCAUUAUAUAACAAAAUGUGUUUUGUUUUGGUUCGUUUCAGUGAUUAGCACUAUUCUGUACUAUGCUUUUUUUCCCCUUGAUGAAAUAUUUUAUGAGCUCACUCACCUCACGGCUUGCUUAUUUACGGUUCAAUUCUACAUUUGACUAUUACUUUAGAAUUUUGGGAUCCCUUCUACAUAGGGAAUUUGUUUCUUUGUUUGGCGAUUGACUAUGAGGCUGCCUACUUUUAGGGAAAUUUCAAGGAUUGGGUUUGAAAUUGCUUUUUGGGACUGCUGCUUUUAGGGGCAGAUUUUGGGUAAAACUUCAGAUUGGCUUUUGACCUUUCGUUUAGUGAAUGCUUGCCAAGUGAAAUGGUUCAUAAUUACCUUAAAAAGAUUAAACCUCACUUCUUAUUUUGUGUGGACAUAAUAUGCAAUCUUUCUGGCUAUAAAAAUUAUGACAACAUAGACACACCUGAGAGAGAUGCUGCUUGGGGAAAAAGUAGGAGAGAAACUUAGUUUUGGUUGACUCCAAUUGCCCUGAGUUGGUUGGCUCAAUCUUAGAAACCAAAGACAAGCUAUGGGAAAUCGAGUUCAAGGCCGCUACAAUCUUCGUGCAAGUCUAAUAAAUCUAAUGUUUUUUGGAUGAUGAGUGAAAAAUUAUUUUAGACUCCUUACUUAUAGUUAAGGGAUAUGAUUAAAGUACAAAAAAAUACCAUGAAUUCUUGUCUAAAUGAAUUGAAAGUAUGAAGCAUAUAAACAUACAAGAUCAACUUAUAAACUCCAUGUGAAAUGACCCUUCUUUAACUUCUAGAUCUGUUUAUGCAUGUCUUUGUGUUAUUAUGGAUAAUUUUGUUACUUAUCUGCAUGCACUCUUUUUCUGAAUUGAAGUAUGAAUCCUACAUAAAGAACUGUAGGAUUCAUCAACCAGCGUCUAUAUCUGAGCAAGUCAGUACUGCAUCUCUGUCCUCAGUAUCCACCAAAAAACCAUUCAUCAAAUAUUUGGAGGCAAGGCUCCAUAAUAAGGAUGAAGAGAAUCAUGACCUCAGGAGACCUAUGGAUAUUUAAAGUAUGUUAAAUACAAUAGAGAUAGGGAAAUCAUUUCAUGGAGAACAACCAUCCACUCCAAAUAAUGAUGGUCGAUUUGACGAGCAGAUGCUUUCAAAGACACAGACACAUUGGGUUGUUAAGACAAACAAGCACAUGUUUUGGCUGUUGGAUGAUUUUGGCUAUAUUAUUGAAGUGAGUAUGCUACAAGAACUCGUAAAUGUUCGAGCCUCUACUGUUUUCUUAGAUUGGACAUGCCAAGACAAUGAGUGUUAUUGCACCAAGUCUGCAAAUGUAGAGAGAGGGUGAACCGAUCACAAUAAUGGUGAAGCUCAGGUUGCUGUUGCAUAUAAAUUUGUCCAAGCAAAAUUGCUAAGCUUCCCACUAGCAAACACCACCAAGGACUUAUUGCCAUUAAACAUCAUCACUGCCAGUGAACACCACCAUCAGCAUCAGAGGCUUGUUGCAAUCCAUCUCUGAUCACAGCCGCUGUCACCCACCACCGUUCUUGACAGUCUUCGCGAGUGACAAUGUGGACCCCACGCCAACCAUCACCUCCAACCAUGCUAACAUAGUUUAUGAUUGCCACUACCUAUUCCCAGCCAUUGCUGCCACCAGCACCUCUAACUCUGUUCACCACCUCAACGCAUCCCCACACUGCAUAUAACAUAAAGUAAAUGUGUGGGCAAACAUGAUUUCCAUACUACAAAAAAAACCAAAACAAACCAAAAAAAAUUGACCAACUAAAAUAAAUAAACUCAAUUUUUUAACCUAAAACCUAUCAUCAAGUCUAACAAUUACUUUUUAGCUGAAGCUUAUUCUUAUAUUACAUUUUAAAAAAAUUAAUUCUUGUUUAGUUGUGUUAGAAAUAUCAUUUUAGCGAGAUGCUGAGGUGUUUUGUUUGAAUGAUAUCCUACCCUUCAUUCAAUGCUAUGAGUGUAAUGAAGGUACAGAAGAUGGCACACGCAGCUGCAGCCUGCAGCUCACUUCAACCGUCACUGCCAUGCAUUGUUGUAGCUCCCUGGCCAUAUUGCAUCUUUCGGAGGCAGUUAUCAAUCUUCCUUUUACGCCCACUUUUGUAACUCAUGUUUUUGGCUUACUGGAUAGAUACUAUAAUUGAAUUUCUUUAACCCUUUUAGGGUAGUUGUGUGGGGAUACUGGAUAAGAUCAUAAGACUUGAUCUAU